CCCGCUCUCAUGCAAACCUUUCCCCUGGUUUCAACUCGAACACCGUCCUCUGUUCUUCCUCUGUUCUCUCACCGCCAUGGUGGUUUUAGCUAACCCGGCCCUCGAUGAAAUACCCCUCGUCAGGCCUCAGAAACACGGGGCUUUCUUCUCCGCCAUCCCUGUCGUUGACCUGUCGAGGCCUUUCUCGGCAGAAGCUCUCGUCAAGGCCUGCGAAGACGUGGGUUUCGUCAAGGUCAUCAACCACAACGUUCCCAUGGACGUCGUGCAAAGGUUGGAGGCCGAGACUGUCAAGUUCUUCGAGAUGCCCCAGGUGUUCAAGGAGACGUCCGGUCCUGCCGACCCUUUCGGCUAUGGGAACAAGAGAAUUGGUCCUAAUGGUGAUGUCGGCCUGGUGGAGUACCUGCUUUUUGGCAUCACCUCCAAGCCCUUGUCUUACACGUCAAUGUCCUUCCUCGAAGAACCCUCAGCGUGCUUGUUCGGGCCUGCUUUGAGCGAAUACUUGGUAGCUGUGAAGAAGUUGGCUUCUGACGUGCUUGAACUGAUAGCCGAAGGGCUAAAGAUCGAACCAAGAGAUCUUCUUAACGGGCUGGUGACGGAUGAACAAAGUGAUGGACUCUUUCGGCUGAAUCACUAUCCCAGAUGCCCUCUGCUAGAAAGACUCGAUCGCAGUUGGACCGGCUUCGGAGAGCACACAGACCCACAGAUCAUAUCGGUCUUAAGAUCGAACAACACCACGGGCCUGCAGAUAUCACUGAAGAAUGGGAGCUGGGUCUCGGUCCCACCCGACCAGGAAUCCUUCUUCAUCGUCGUCGGUGACUGCCUGCAGGUUCUGACGAACGGGAGGUUCAAGAGUGUGAGGCACAGGGUGUUGGCCAACGGUUCCAAGUCCAGGGUCUCGAUGAUCUACUUCUUUGGGCCACCUCCCGCAGGGAAGAUUGCACCAUUGUCACAGCUGAUGGGAGAGGGGGAGCAGAGCAAGUACAAGGAGUUCACAUGGGCGGACUACAAGAAGGCUGCCUAUAAAUCAAGGCUGGGGGACAACAGGCUCGGGCAGUUCGAGAAGUAGGAGGAGGCUACUGAUGGCUCGCCGACGCAUGCGGACUGCUGGCUUUCCUGCUCUCAGCUUUUUUAGUCGGUCAAAGGCGGACUGGCGUACAUGACCUUCCUCUUCCCUCUUGCUUUUCUACCCAAAUUUAGUAACAAAAAUGUUCCCUUGUUUCUAAAGCCUUCUCAUGUACAGAGAACCAACCUCCUCUCUCGCUAUCUAUCUAAUAUAGAAACAAAAAUAAAGAAGAAUUCCUGUUCUCGCCUAA